CUCUUGCUUCUCAUCUCAUCCAUCUUUCUCCUCUUUCUCCUAUCCUCUCAACAUCUUUGGUAACUAAAUUAUUCCAAGAAAACCAGGAAAAGUCAAAGGCAAAUCCCAAGUUUCCAUGGAUCCACCACGCCCUCCAAUCACCUUCCUAGAUUUAAACCAAACGCCUCACCCGCUAAUUUCCCCCAAAAUCGAGCCAGGAGAGCAGCAAGAACCCUCUAAUGGAGGAGGAAAUGGACCUCGAUUCCCCCUGCCAAGCUCCAACCCUCAUCCUGACCCCUUCCUCCUCGCCGACCUCCUCCCCCGUCCCCGCCAGGUCACCCCCGGCCCCGAUGGCGACGAGCUCGUCGCCGACUACCUCCGCCGGGCCGAGAGCUACCUCGCCUCCUACGUCGAGGGCCUCCACCGCCGCCUCUCCUCCCCCUUCGGCGCCGGAGCCGCCGAAGAUGCUGGAGGUUCCAAGGCCAUCGUCCCCGCCCCCGAUGCCGCCGCCGGAUCCUCCACGGCCAUCGUUCCACCCUCCGAUGCCACCGCCGGAUCAUCCUCGGCCAUCGUCCCCGCCGCGGCCGACCUCGUCGCCCCCAAGAAGAAGAAGCCCCGGUCCGCCGAGAUGGUCCGGGUCUCCUCGGUUCCCGCCGCCGACAAGAUCUACCUCCGGGACGUCGUCCGCCGUGCCCGGAUCACCUUCGAAUCGCUGCGGCACCUCCUGCUCCGGGUCGAGGAGCGGACGGAGGCCGCCCCGUGGCUGCCGCCACCGCUGCCGCCGCUGGGGCGGCGAGCCCGGGCGGACCUCGCGGCGGCGGGGCUGAUGAAACACCGGGAUCUCUGGCUCAACCGCGACCGCCGGAUCAUCGGGUCCAUCCCUGGGAUCGAGAUCGGUGACGUCUUCUUUUACCGGGUGGAGCUCUGCGUCGUCGGCCUCCAUGGGCAGAUGCAGGCCGGGAUCGACUACGUACGGGCCAGUCAGACCGGCACCGGCGAGCCCAUUGCCACGAGCAUCAUCGUCUCCGGCGGCUACGAGGACGACGACGACAGAGGGGACGUCCUCAUCUACACCGGCCACGGCGGGAGGGAGAAAAGAGAUGCCCGGCAAUCGGUGGACCAGGAGCUCAAGGCUGGCAACCUGGCCCUCAAGUACAGCAUGGACUACGGUAUCGAGAUCCGGGUUAUCCGCGGGUCCAAGACCGAUUGCAGCCCCUCCGGCAAGGUUUAUGUCUAUGAUGGCCUCUAUAAGGUCGUCGACUGCUGGAAUGAUGCCGGAAAGUCUGGCUUCGGUGUCUACAAGUACAAGCUUGUAAGAAUUGAAGGCCAACAAAUGAUGGGCAGCUACGUGCUUAAGCUUGCAGAAGAAUUGAAGGUCAAUCCUUUGGGAGUGAAGCCGGUCGGAUACUUGAGCCUUGACAUCUCAAACGGGAAGGAGACUUUGCCUGUGUUCAUUUUCAAUGAUAUAGAUGAUGACAAGGAGCCACUGCUUUUCGAGUAUCUGGCUCGUCCAUUCUACCCGAGUUGUGUUUUUAAUGAGAGAGGUUGGGUUGAUGGAGGACCGGGGUGUCAGUGUGCAUCCAAUUGCUCGUUUGAUUGCCACUGUGCAAGAAGAAAUGGUGGUGAGUUUGCUUAUGAUGGAAAUGGGCUUCUUUUGAAGGGGAAGCCAUUGAUAUAUGAGUGCGGCACCUUGUGCCAAUGCCCAAUGAGUUGUGCGAACCGAGUGAGCCAGAAGGGAGUAAGGAAUCAGCUGGAGGUGUUCCGAUCGAGGGAAACAGGGUGGGGAGUCAGGUCCUUGGAUUUUAUCCGGGCGGGAGCAUUUGUUUGUGAGUUUAGUGGGGUUGUGCUGAAGAAGGAGCGGUCAGAGUUUUCUAAGAUUGGUGGCGAUAGUUUGAUCCAUCCCAGUAGGUUUCCAGGAAGAUGGAUGCAAUGGGGAGACAUUUCUGAUGUCUUUCCUGAUUAUACACCUCCUAGUUUCCCUUCUUUCCCAGAGUUGAGCUUCUCAAUAGAUGUAUCGAGAAUGAGGAAUGUUGCUUGUUACCUGAGCCAUACGUGUAGCCCAAACGUGUUUGUGCAGUUUGUACUAUAUGAUCACUAUAAUGAGUCGUACCCUCACCUUAUGGUCUUUGCAAUGGAGAACAUCCCUCCUCUAACAGAGUUGAGCAUUGAUUAUGGGGUGGGAGAUGAAUCUGUCCUUUCCGGGUUCCUUGAAAGUCCAUGAAUUUUGGAGGCAAAAAUGCUGAUCUUUGGACACUGACACGAGGAGCUGCUUUUCCCUGACAUCAAGCAUGGCAGUCAUCAAGUGUAGGCAUGUCAUCAGCCGAUAGGCUUGUUAAUAUAUAUUGGUUCAAAUACGAAGAGCAAGCAACAUGGUGGUGGUUUCAGAAUUGACCUUUACAAGCUUGUGAUAGUGAGCGCUGAGGCUACAUGUAGUCCUUUUUUGUUCUUCUUGCAAGAAAUUUGUUAACUUAAUGAUAUUAAGGAUGUUUAUGCAAAGUGGUAUAUUGGAAGCAAAAACCUGAAUCACUUUAGGUUUGUUUGGCAAUACAUAGGUACCUUGUGCUUCUUUCUAGUAUUGCACAACUUAUCAAGUUUUAUUAGUCAAAAACUAUGUCGUCAAAAAUUGAUAACCCAAACAUAUUUGCCAUUUCUAAAUUAGUUUUGCAUUCUUGUUAAAGCUUGUUUUGCUGAAAAUAAAAUGAAGCAAUCAAGUAAAAUCUAUCUGCACGGAUGCCAAAUUUUGUACGCGGAUUGGCACCUAGUGGUACUUAUCUGCUUGGACAUUAAAUUUUGUAUUUAAGACCGACGCUUGUUGGCAAGUGUAAAGGUAAAGCUACAUUUCAUAAAUGUGGUUCAUGAUAUUCAUUUAUUAUUGUAUCUGUUUACAUUUGGUGAAAAUCUCCUGUAAAAUUGUUGAAAAAACUAGAAAUUCAGGGCAUUUGCAUGCCCUUUCAAGACUUAGACCCUUGUAUGUACCCUUUUAAUGUAGAUUCUCCAAGUAGGAGGGCUUGUUCGAUCUUUUUCUCAAAAUUACCUUUUUCUUUGUUUGAUCAUAACCUGAUGUAUAAGAUAAUUAAUGAGUUAGUGAAGUUGCUUUUCUGAGUUUGUUCA